AUGCUGAUUUGCUUCAGCUGCAACAGAUUUUACAACCUUCAAGAGAGAAAGCCAAUUGCUUUACCUUGCACUGAUUUUAUUUGUCUCCAAUGUUACCAGUAAUAAAAGGAUCAGGUUUAAAAUGAAAAGAUCUACUGCCCUUUCGAAGAUAAUCAUUAAUUUGCAAAAGACUCUUUAGUCUUGCCUUCAUAAUUUCUAAUGAGAUAACUAUAAUAGUAUGAUUUCUAUAACAUAAAAUGCGACGAUCAUCCUAAUAAGAAUGCCCAUGUCUAUUGCAAGGACCUAAAUAAGAUGAUAUGCAGCAGAUGUCUUUCAAUCGAUCCUCAUUCUCACUACAUCACAGAUAAAACCAGACACUUUGAGCUCUAAAGACCCUAUCUUGAGGAAUCAUUUACUAAAAUGAUACCUAUAUUAAAAGAAGAAAUUAUUAAAAUUGAAUAGAUGCUUGAAUCUUAUCAAUAAUUUAUAACAAAAGACAGAGAUUUUACAGUUGCUUAAAUCUAAAAUCUAAUUAAAUUGAACAUGGAAAUACUUUAGCAUUCUAAUAUUGAUGAGAAUCUGAGGAAAAAUUUAAGAGAUAAAUUCGAAAUCCUUGAUUUCAUUAUACCAUUUUCGGAUAAAUAUAGACAAAAGUUUAACAUCGUCAAUGAUUAUGAGGAAGAGAGAAAAGAGAAUUAUGUUGGUGAGAUUUAAAUCCCUCAGCAUAUUCUUCAACACAAAGAUAUGUUUAUAGAAUUUCGAAGAUUAGUAGAUUUGGAGCUUUAACAAGGUGUUGGAAGUAUAGUAAGCAAAAACAUCAGCAGAGAUUUGAAAAUUUCAUACAAACUCCUAUAUUCUAACUCAUUACCAGAAAAUUAGACAAUAGAUUAAUUCAGAUAUAGUGUCUAUUACAGAGGAGCUAAUGUCUGCUUUAUACUUAGUAAUCAUGGCUUAAUUUUUGGAGGCUAUACUAAAUGUUCAUGGGAAACCUCCUCAUAUCAGGGAAGAAUGGAUAGGAAUGAUGACAAUGCAUUCUUGUUCAGUUUAUCUAAGAAUAAGGUAUUCAGGUAGAUCUAAAACUUUCAUCAGUCAAUAUCAUAUGGUGCUGAUAAGUAUUUAAGAUUCGGUUAAUUAGGACUUUCUAUCGAAAAUAAUUGUUUUGGAAGUGAGUGCAAUUCUGCACAAUUAGGUUCAAUAUACCAAACGAUAGAUGGGUAUCAAAUAGGAGAUGAAAUUAGCAAAAAAUUCUUGUCAGGGGGUGAAAAAUUCAAAGUGAUAUAUAUGGAAGUUUACAAAGUUAACUUUUGUUGA